GAAGGGUAAUACUCUAGCAAUUUGAAACCCGGGUUGAACUCGCAUCAACAAGCUUGAGUCGACUGCGGGAUCUCGUUCUCAUUUUUCGGUUACCCGAUUGCUAAAACUAUAUUCAUAGCCAUUGUUCUUACCGAUUUGACGAUAAAAUUUCAUUCUCAAAUUCAAAAAUCUUGUUCCCUUUCUAAAAUUCAAUGCUAAAAGCACUACAGAUUUUUGGUUCAUCGUCAGGGUUGGUGGCUUUUCGAUGGAAACCGCAUGCCACUAGCGGUUUUAUCUUAGUCUCUACCAACUCAUUAUCCUGUUCUGCUCCUAGGAAACGAACCAGGAGACCUUAUCUGGUGUUAUCGCCUUUUUCGACUCGCAAAGCUAGUUCUUCAAGGGCACUGCGUGUGCACUCUACUGGGUCAGAGUCAAAGAUGGACGCUUCCUCUUCUCCUCCUCCAUCGGUUGCAGUUCAGUCAGCUGUGAGUUUCUUCUGUUGCCUUCAGGGAAUUGUUCGCAAGAUCAAUUUUUGUCAAUGGUGUGGUGGUGCAACAAAGUAUGAGAUUCCUGAUGGAGAGGAAAAGAUGAGAGCUAUUUGCACACUUUGUGGGAAAAUUGCCUACCAGAACCCUAAAAUGGUUGUGGGAUGCCUCAUUGAGCAUGACAACAAGGUCCUACUCUGCAGACGAAAUAUCCAACCAUCAUAUGGCCUUUGGACUCUUCCUGCUGGAUACUUGGAAAUUGGUGAGUCAGCUGCUGAAGGGGCAAUCAGGGAAACCUGGGAAGAAGCAAGUGCAGAGGUGGAAGUGGUGUCACCUUUUGCUCAACUGGACAUCCCUCUUAUUGGCCAGACAUACAUAAUUUUCUUGUCAAGGUUGAAGAAGCCCCAUUUUUCACCAGGGCCAGAGUCAUCGGAGUGCCGGCUUUUUUCACUUGAUGAGAUACCUUUUGAUUCUCUAGCAUUUUCAUCGAUGUUGGUUACAUUAAAUUUGUAUACUGAGGAUGUUAAAGCUGGAAGACCAAAAUUUCACUAUGGUACCAUUAACAAAAGGCCUGGCACAAGCCCUUCUGAUAUCCAUGCCUAUACUCUUGAUUAUCAUUUGCAAUCCUGAAAGAUGACGAUUCCUUUGCCUUGGUUUGUGAGAUGAUUAACAACAAACAAACCAUCAAAUGCUGGGAUUGAAUUUGUUUUAUUUUUCAUCCCAUGGGGAAAAAUGGGGUCAGUGGUGAAGCUUCUGAGGCUAUUUGUAAUUUGCCAACUUGAUGGUUUUGAUUGUUAUCAAAUACUCCCAUCCAAAAUGUACAGUAUAAUUCCUUGUGCAUUGAAGACGACUGAUAUCUGUGACCAAUGAAUAAGCCUUCUUUCCAGUUUUCA